GAACACCUACUGCGGUGUUACCCGGGGAGCCCCUGCUCCCGGCAAAUACAGGGGCGGGUACGCGAAAGAAGGGCAGAGGAGAUUAGGAGAAGAAGAUGGCGGAAGAAAAGGAGGCAUCCACCUCAACUCCUCUAAGUCAAGGCAACGAAGAUCCCGAGGAUCCAGAAAAAUGUCUCAUCAAUUCUCAGAAUUCUUCUACCCGCAAGGCCUGCUAUGCUGUCCUCCAGAGUUGGAUUUCAAAAAAGUUCAUGACAGGAUGUGUAGUUCUUUUUCCCGUCGCAGUUACAUCUUUUAUUACAUGGUGGUUUAUUCAGUUUGUUGAUGGUUUCUUCAGCCCAAUUUAUGCUAGACUUGGUGUCAACAUAUUUGGACUUGGAUUUGUCACAUCUUUAAUUUUCGUAUUCUUCGUUGGCAUAUUCGUUUCGUCAUGGAUGGGUGCGACUGUUAUCUGGCUUGGAGAAUGGUUCAUAAAGCGAAUGCCCUUUGUUAGGCACAUUUACUCAGCCUCCAAGCAAAUUAGUGCUGCUAUUUCACCAGACCAAAAUACCACGGCUUUCAAAGAGGUUGCAAUAAUCCGUCAUCCACGUGCUGGAGAAUAUGCAUUUGGUUUUAUUACAUCAUCUGUUAUCCUUCAGAACGAUAAUGGAGAUGAAGAAUUAUGUAGCGUGUAUGUCCCUACAAACCAUUUAUACAUUGGUGAUAUUUUUCUGGUUAAUUCUGAGGAAAUCAUAAGACCAAACCUGUCCAUUCGAGAAGGCAUAGAGAUCAUCAUGUCAGGGGGUAUGACAAUGCCACAACUAAUUGCUCCUCUAGAACAGGUAACUCGCCAAACUGAUAGAAUCCCUUUGAACAGAAUAAUAUAGUACUCAGUGACAGUGGCAUAUCUGGCUAUAUAACACCACAACUAUUUCCACGUCUCACCUACCCUUUGAUCAUUUUGAUGUAUUCGUGGAGACUUGUUUUUACCUUGUGCGGGUUUGUCUUGUAUAUCAAGAGGUGGGUGCUCAGGUGAAUGCGUUGCAUGUAUUUUUUACAGGGCUAGUGAGAGACUAAGUCAUGAAAGCUCUUUUGUAUUUAGUGAGCCAUGUUGGAUUCACCAUUUUCUA